AUCCCAUUUUUUUCUCUCUCUCUCUCUUUUCUAUCUCAAUCUGUUUUGAUGAUCAUCAUCAUUCUUUGCUUAGCUAUGGGGCUAUCCAUCAUUGAAUCUUGAAUAACAAAAAAAACAACAACGAAGAAGUAAAAAAAAAAUUUGUCUCCUUUUCUGGUAUCCACCAAUAAUAUACACAUCUCAAUUUCAUUAUUUGUGUUCCAUCAAACAAAUCAACAAGGAAAACUAAUCAAACCCAUUCAGUUAUUUUAAAUUUUCGGACGAAAAAAAAAUCAUCAUCAUUAUACCCCACAAAGCAAGAAGUAACAGAAGAAAAAAUAGUUGGAUCGAACCAUUUGCAGAGUACAAUUUUCAAUUCCAUUUUUGUCGUUAUAUUUUAUCAUCAUUCACGAUUUUAAAUCGAUUUUGGACGCAUAAAUAUUCUACAAUACAUCGAUUCAAAUUACAAAUUUUCUUUGAUUCGAUUUAAUUUUGAUAUAUAAUUGCAUUUUGUGGUUUUUGGUGGCUCAAAGUCCUUGAUUGAUCAACAACAACAACAACAGCAACAACAUUUGAAUAAUUUUAUUUGCCAUUCACAAUUCAUCAGUCACCUGGUUUAUCGAUUUUGAUAUACAAAUUCUAAAUUUGGUCCCUAUGUUGUUGUGAUUGUCGUAACGUUUUUCUCUCUUUAUCUCAUUCUCCAUAUAUUUUGGUCGGGUCAACCGAUUCUCUUGCGUCAACGAGUUCCCAAUUUUUUUUAAGUGGAUAAUUAUUUUCCAUAAAAUUGAGCAUUGACUAUGAGCAUUGCUGAUCUUCUUCAAGCAGCCGAAUAUAUUGAAAGAAGAGAACGCGAAGCAGAACAUGGUUAUGCAACGCCUCUGCAACACGAUCCUAAUAAACGUAGAUCUAAAUCAAAAAAAUCAUUGGGAAGUCGAACGACCCAUAAUGAAUUAGAGAAAAACAGACGUGCCCAUCUACGUAAUUGUCUUGAGAAACUCAAAGAGAUUGUACCAUUGGGACCUGAAUCUAAUCGACAUACAACAUUAGGACUAUUGACCAAAGCAAAGGCAUUCAUUAAGAAUCUGGAAGAAAAAGAUAAACGACAUCAAUCAACAAGAGAACAGCUUAUUCGUGAACAAAAUUAUCUACGUGAACGUCUUGGUCAAUUACAGGAUAAUACCAGUUUCAUACAAUAUCCAACAAUACCUAAACGACGUAGUAUUAGUGAAUGUAGUUCGGGCGUUUCAUCAACUUCUUCGAAUUCUGAACCGGAAACAUCUGAAACAACGGAAUUAUUUGAGAGUAAUGAAAAUGCGGCAAGAUUAUUGCAUUCAUUUGCCAAUUUCAAGGUACAAAUCGAAUCACCGGAUCAACAAAAUAUUAAUCAAUGGCCAUCAACAUUGUCAACAACAACAACGGUUAAUGAAUGUAUUGUCGGUGGUGGUGUUGAACAGUCGUUGAUAAUCAAUGGUUAUAAACAUUGAUUGAUUUGAUUUGAUGAAACUUUAUCUUUAUCUAUAUAUCCAACACACACAUACACACACACCCGCCUCUGCAUCAUCUUUAAAUGAUAAACGGCAGAUCAACACACCCGUACACCCACAAAUGAGUGUGCAUCACCAUCAAAAAAAAACCAGAAAAAAAUCCAUUAUCAAA